AUAAAACUCAAUCCUAUAAUACAUUCUCUCCUGCUCACAUGCUUCUCUUCCCUUUCUUCCCAAGUUGUCUGCUUCUCUCUCUUGACGUUUUUUUAUUUUUACUUCAUUUUUUGCAGCAAUUUGUUCUACAAUGCAGACAAGAACUGUGCAAGUAAAGAACUUGUCAGAUCUAGCAAGCGAGAGGGAGAUUCAUGAGUUCUUUUCUUUCUCUGGUGAUAUUGAGCGUAUUGAAAUCAUAGGUGAACCUGGCCAAUCAAAGAUCGCUUAUGUUACAUUCAAGGAUCCAAAAGCUCUUGAAAUCGCGUUGUUAUUGUCGGGGGCAACAAUUGUUGACAAGAUCGUGGUAAUAACUUGUGCUGAAAAUUAUGUACCAAAACCUGAGAUCCAUGAAGCAAGUACAGCAGACAACACUGUGUCUAUUACUUCAGCUGAGCAAAGUGCACCAGACGCUGAGCAAGGUAGAACUAGUCCACCUGGCAGUGGAAGAAUGUAUGUUAGUAAAGCACAAGAUGUUGUUGCAAGUAUGUUGGCUAAAGGUUCAGCUAUACGACAAGAUGCAGUGAACAAAGCUAAAGCUUUUGAUGAGAAACAUCAGUUGACAGCCAGUGCAUCUGCCAAGGUUAUUUCCUUUGACCGCAGAGUUGGGUUGACAGAAAAAUUGACUGUGGGAAUUUCAGUGGUUAAUGAGAAAGUAAAGUCUGUGGAUCAAAGGCUGCAGGUAUCAGAUAAAACCAUGGCUGCAAUAUUUGCAGCAGAGAGGAAAAUAAAUGACACAGGAUCAGCUGUCAAAGCUAGCAGGUACGUAACUGCUGGGACAGCUUGGCUUAAUGGUGCUUUCAGCAAGGUUGCAAAGGCUGGGCAGGUUGCAGGUACAAAAACCAGAGAAAAGUUCAAUGUGGCCAUGUCAAAUUUGACUGCCAAGGAUCCAAUUGCAGUGUAAGUGAGAAUUUGGCGUCUUAAGAUCCAAUUGCAGUGUAAGUGAGAAUUUGGCGUCUUAAGGUCACAUCUUUCAGAUCCUUGCUUGCACAUGCAUUGGAUGGCCUCGUUACACCAACAUGGAAAGAGGGAUCUAAAACUGGGGAACUAGAUGCUUGGGGUAGGAUGCACAAAGUUGUGUUCAGUUUUGGCUUGAAGUGUGUGCUUAUGCAAUUCAAUGUGUUAUAUAUAUAUAUAUAUAUUUUUACAUUAUUCUUUGAUUUCUAGGGGUAUUGCGCCUAUUGAGUUCCUUGUAAUUUUAGAGGCUUUCAACUCAGAAAGAAGCUGAAAUUGAUGUUACCAUUGUGCUCAUUGACACUUCCCUUUUGUAUCCUUUUUCACCCUUGAAAGAAGAGCUGAAGUUGCACUGAUAUGUUAAA